GCGCCCUCCCCCUCCACCGUCCUUCCCGCCCGCAAACUUCCUCCUCCCCUUCCGCCGCGCCGUCACCGUGUCCUGGAGAAGUAUAUAAGGUCGUGACGAAGCUCCCCGGCCAGUAUCGUCCUGACUCUCCAUACUGAAGGUUUCAGCGGUGCAUCCUUAGCGACGGACAACAUGCAAGGUGGAAGAGGCGUAACCUUGGCCCUGGUGGCGGUUGGCGUGCUGGCCGCGACCACCUCGGCCCACAUGCUCGGUCUGGGCUCCUGCAGGGAGUUCGAGGGCAUGGCGAACUUCAAACCCGCUGACUUCAACGGGACCUGGUACGUGAUCAAGAAGGUGGUGACGGGGAGCAAGUGCCUCUCGGUCAACUACAACGUGAUGGGCAACGGCGAGAAGAUCAGGGUCGAGGAGGUGCGCCGGCCGCCCUACACCGACAUCGUCCCCGUGGACCUGGCUGUGACCAACGCCGGCGUCCUCAACCGCAAGAACUCUCCCUCCAAGUUCUCCGUCACGUGGUACAAUGGCAUCAUGCCCGUGACCGGCACCUACAUCAUCGUGGACACCGACUACACAACCUACGCCAUCGACUACGAAUGCCAGGAAAUCCUCUCCUUCCUCAAGCGGCAGUCGGCGACCAUUCUCAGCAGGAAGCCGACCAUGGACGAGGCGAAAAUCAAUGAGCUCGUGAAUAAGGUGAGCAGCAACUUCGACAUCCCGAAAGGCCGCAUGAACAGAAUCGACCAAGAAAACUGCAUCGAUCUUGAGGCCAACGACUUCAACUUGGUGAUCGACGAGCAGGGUUUCAAGAGCGCCCUGGAAAGCUAUAAGGAACUGGAGACUCUGGCCGACACCGAGGGAGUCGCCGAGCUUGUAAAGUCCGGGUCUGCUGAGAAGGGAGCUGGUCAGGGAUCUGGUUAGUGGAUGCGUGUGUUUGUGCGUGAGAGACAGACAGCACCACAUACCCGACCUGUCGUACCUAUAUAAAUAACGAGAUGCUAUUCAAGUUGUUGGUAGAACCGUUGAUUACUUGUGUUUUUUAUGAUAGUUAUGGGUCAGAAAGCGGAGAAUACAACGUGCUGAGUAGGAUAAAAUGGUAACGCUGGUGAGAGUAGAAACUUAGGGUCGUAUUAUAAGACAUUUCGCCUUCCAAGAACCAAGAACACAUAUAUGACAAGGCUUUCGUAAGAGCUGUGGGCAUUUCCAGUACGAGUUUUAUAACCCUGGUGGUAGUUUGACCCUUCUUCUGUACCGUGAACCUAAAGAAACACUCAUUAGAACACGACUGACCCCCUCUUUGGCCUUUAAAAAUAGCUGAUGUGAGAAGCGAAGGGGUCUUAUAAUACCGACCUUAAAAUUGCAUCGUCUUCGUGUCCACCGCGAGAACGUUGUAAUGGGUGUGAUGUUCUGAAGACGUUGCAACCUUACCAACCCCACCACCAUCACCGCCGCCACAAUCAUCGGCAACCAUGUGGGAUCCAACACCCUUAUCACCGCCCUCAACUUUUUUUUUUUCGGCUAAGGUACUCAAACAUCAUCCACACUCCAAAUAAAGCUUGUUUGUUCUAUA